CUUUUCAUUAAAUUUUUGUCAGCGAUGAAAUAAAAUUUAAAAAUGUCAAACUCUGUGAUCAGCCAUGCUUAAAAAUCUGAAUUCAUUUUGUCUCAAUAGUCUGCAAUUGAUUUCUCGUCAUGAAUUCAGUUCAUAUAAUUCAAGUAUUGGGGAGUUUAUACAAGCUCUGAUAUCUCAGGAAGGACUAAAAACCAACAUAAAUUUUGCCUCAUAAUGUCAAAGAUUGAAGUUCUAGCUUCCUCAGUUUGGUUUCUCUGUAUUGUUUACAGCGUUGGAUGCUUUUUACAGGCAGCUCAAGUAAUAGCAGUCACAGAUCCCAUGGAAGUUGCUGCAAUAAGGUCACUUUCUGAUAAAUGGAGUAUUGGUUCAUCUACAACAUGGAACCUCACAGAUCCAUGCUCUGGCGCGGCCAAUUCUUCUGCAGAUAUUGAAAAUCCUGGCAUCAAGUGUGACUGCUCAGGAACCCUCUGCCAUGUUACACAACUGAAGGUCUAUUCAUUGGACAAAACAGGAGAGCUUCCGGAAGAACUGGCUAAUCUGACUUACCUCUUUGAUCUGAACCUGGCCCAGAACUAUUUUUCUGGUCGCAUUCCUGCUUUCUUGGGGAACCUCACCAAGAUGCAAUACUUGUCCCUUGGCAUUAAUAACUUUUCGGGUCCUGUACCAAAGGAGCUUGGAAAUCUUCAGCAGCUGAUAUCAUUGAGCUUUUCGUCAAACAAUCUUAAUGGAACAUUACCACCAGAGCUUGGUAACCUGACUAAGUUGGAACAACUGUAUAUUGAUAGUGCUGGAGUAACUGGAGAGAUUCCAAGCACUUUCAGAAAUCUACAGAAAUUGAAGAAAGUAUGGGCAUUUGACAUUCUAAUUUCAGGUGCAAUACCUGAUUUCAUUGGAAACUAGACUGAUCUGAAUGAUUUGAGGAUUCGAGGAACUGCACUCGAGGGUCCGAUUCCUCCAAGCUUCUCCAACUUAACCUCGUUGACAACUCUGAGAAUAAGUGACUUAACUUCAGGUGUCACAUCAUUGACAUUCUUACAAGGCUUGAAACAAUUAACUCAACUAGUCCUGAGAAACAACAAGAUUUCUGGUGAAAUCCCCUCUUAUGUUGCAGAAUUGAGUAAAUUGCAGCACUUGGACUUGAGUUUUAAUAAUUUUACAGGAGAGUUUCCUACUUCGCUUCAAAAUUUGAGCUCUUUGAAUUUCCUGUUUCUUGGAAAUAAUAAUCUGUCUGGGAAGCUUCCUUCGCAAUUGAAUUCAAAUCUUACAUACAUAGAUCUAUCUUACAAUCAAUUCAAUGGAACUCUUCCAACUUGGUUCAAUAACACAACUUUGAAUGCAAAUCUGGUCGGAAAUUACUUGGAUAUAAACAAUACAAAUGAUGGACUUGCCUCAAGUAGAUUGGCUUGCCUUCAACGGACUUUUCCUUGUAAUAAAGGAACUCCACGCUAUUCUCAAUUUGCAAUAAACUGUGGCGGCUUACAAAAGACUUCCCAGCUUGGAAUUUCUUAUGAAAGUGACAACGAAACACUUGAUGCUGCCUCAUUUUAUGUGAGUGAUACACAAAAGUGGGGAGUCAGCAAUACUGGAGUUUUUCUGGACAAUCCAGCAGCUAGUUUUACACAAUCCAGUCAAUCUCAAUUCACGAAUACGUUAGAUACAGAACUCUACCAAACGGCACGCUUAUCUUCCAGUUCACUAAGGUACUAUGGUUUAGGGCUUGAAAAUGGAGAAUAUACAGUAAAACUACAGUUUGCUGAAAUAGAUAUUCUAGACACUCAAAGCUGGAAGAGCCUUGGAAAACGCAUUUUUGAUGUUUCUGUUCAGGGGAGUAAAGUAUUAACAAAUUUCAACAUACAAGAGGAGGCGGGAGGUUCAUUUGUAGCAGUUGAGCAAUCUUUCACGACAAAUGUGACUGAAAAUUUCCUUGAAAUCCAUUUUUUCUGGGCUGGGAAGGGAACGUGCUGUAUCACAGAACAAGGAACCUAUGGACCUUUAAUAUCAGCCAUAAGUGUUACACCUGAAUUCAAUGCUACUGUAUCGAAUCUUCCACCUUCCAACUCCACUCCAAAGAAAAGCAAGACUGGAGUAGUGAUGGGAACUGUUCUUGGUGUAACGGCUGCUGUUUUGACAUGUCUUGUUUUUAUCAUUUCCUGGCGGAGGAGAGUCAGAAAGUCCUUAGAAGCACGUGGUCAGGAACAAGAAGCACUUGAAGGAAUCCAGACAAAACCAAACAUAUUUAGCUAUGCUGACAUGAAGAAUGCGACAAGUGACUUUCAUGAAGAAAAUAAGUUGGGAGAGGGAGGAUUUGGUACAGUUCAUAAGGGCAUUCUUCCAGAUGGUAAAUUAGUAGCAGUGAAGCAACUGUCAGCUGAAUCUAAGCAAGGAAAGCAAGGAGAACACCGUAUUUUGAUCUACGAAUGUCUGGAAAACAACAGUCUUGCACAAGCUUUAUUUGGCAACAAAAGAUCUGAAAUCCACCUGGACUGGCCCACUCGACACAACAUCUGCAUUGGGACUGCACGUGGGCUUGCUUACCUUCACGAGGAAUCCAGUGUCCGAAUAGUGCAUCGAGACAUCAAAGCGAGUAACAUCCUAUUGGAUAACUUUCUAAACCCUAAGAUUGCAGAUUUUGGAUUGGCUAAGCUAUUUGAUGAAACCAAAACUCAUAUCAGUACCAGAGUUGCUGGCACAAUAGGAUAUCUGGCUCCAGAAUAUGCAAUGCGAGGUCACCUCACAGAAAAGGCUGAUGUUUUCAGCUUUGGUGUUGUUGCUUUAGAAGUGGUGAGCGGAAGGAGUAAUACAGAGACAAGCUUGCCAGAAGAGAGUAUCUACCUUCUGGAAUGGGCUUGGCAAUUGCAUGAGCAAAAGAGACUGCUGGAAUUGAUGGAUCCUCAACUAAGACCAACAUACAUAGAAGAAGAAGUCCUCAGAGUAAUUGCAGUAGCCCUUCUUUGCACACAAGCUUUGCCUGCAAAACGCCCAUCAAUGUCUCGAGUAGUAGCAAUGCUGACUGGUGAUCUAGACGAAAUUCCUAUUGCUUCUCGCCCCGGUUAUAUCACAGAUUGGCAGUACAACAACCAUUUGGCUUCUCGAGAUUCUGAAAACCUAUCUAUUGCACUAACACCACAGCGGAAAAGCACAGAUAUAUUGCUGCCUGAAAAUAAAUAAAUGACUCCAUCAAUGAUCCACCUGGCUUUAGGAGAUGGCCGAUGAAUAUUGAACUCAAGGAACAACGUGGAGACCUCGUCCUUGCUAAUGUCCCCACAUUUUGUAGUGACUAUGUUUAGAUGUAGUGUAGUACCGUUUUUCAUAGACUCCCAUACAAUUGACGUCCACUAUAUCCCACAUCCACACAUGUUUAUAAUGAAGUUGAUAUUAAAAUUUGGGAGUAGGGAUAUAAUCGCUGGUUUUUAAUAUUUUAGUGUUUCAUUGUAUUAUGUAAACGCCCAUACAAUUCACCUCCACUGUAUCCCACAUCUACAAGUGAUUUUAUUGCAAGUUAAUCUUAAAAUUUGGGAGUAGGGAUACAAUUGCUGGUUUUUGGUUUUUAUAUUUAGUGUUUCAUUUUAUUAUUAAAUAUGUCAAUUUGUUUAA